AUGGUCGACGACUGGCGGGAGCCCGUACCAACGAGCGCCAAGCACGCCGUCGUGGUCGUCGCCGGCGACGUCGGCCGGUCGCCGCGCAUGCAGUACCACGCGCUGUCGCUCGCGGAGCACGGCUACGCCGUGACGCUCGUGGGCUACGCCGGCGAGCUGUGCUGCGAGGCCGUCGUCGCCGAGGGCCGCAUCCGCGAGGUGCGCGUCGGCGCCGUCGAGCUCCCGGCCUGGCUGCCGGGCCUCGUCGCCCGGGCGCUCAAGCUCGCGCUGCUCGUCGCGCGCCUCGGCCUCGCGGUCCGCGCCGCGCGGCGCGGCCGGCGGGCGGCGGUCGUGCUGUGCCAGACGCCGCCGGCGAUCCCGUCGCUGGCCGUGUGCUGGUUCUGGGCCCGCGUCGACGGCGCGCGCGUCGUCGGCGACUGGCACAACCUCGGCUUCUCCGUCGUCGAGGACGGCGCGCGGCGCGCGCGGCGCGGCGCGCUCCGCGUCUCCGACCGGCUCGCCGUCGCCGCGUACCGCGCGCUCGAGCGGCGGAGCGCGGCGCUCCUCGACGGCCACGUCUGCGUGACGCGCGCCCUCGCCGCCUGGCUCAAGGCCCACUUUGCCGUCGACGCCGCGCCCGCGCACGACCGGCCGCCCGCGUUCUUCCGAAAGGUCGCGGCCGGGGACCGCGCGGCCGCGCUGCGGCGCGUCGGCGCCGCGGGCGUCUUCUCCAAGGCGACGGCGCGCGAGGCCGCCUUCUGGGGGGCCGCGGAGGACCUCGGCGACGCCGUCUGCGACGCCGGCGGCGCGCCGCGGCCGGCGCGGCCCGCCGUCGUCGUGAGCUCGACGUCCUGGUCCCCCGACGAGGACUUCACGGUGCUCGUCGACGCGCUCGCGGCCUACGACGCCUCGGCGGGGACGCCGCGCCUCGUCGUCGUCGUCACGGGCAAGGGGCCGCUGAAGGCGCGGUUCCUCGAGGCCGUCGAGGACCGGCGCUUCGCCAAGGUCGUCGCGAAGACCGCGUGGCUGCCGGCGGCGGACUACGCGGCGCUCCUCGGCGCCGCGGACCUCGGCGUCUGCCUCCACUCGUCGACGUCGGGCCUCGACCUGCCCAUGAAAGUCGUGGACAUGUUCGGCGCGGGGCUCCCGGUGGCGGCGCUCGCGUUCCCCUGCGUCGGCGAGCUCGUCGUCGACGGCGCCAACGGGGCCCUCUUCGCCGACGCGGCAUCGCUCGCGGCCGCGCUCGCGGACCUCCUCGCGGACGUCGACGCCAACCCGCGCCUCGCGGCGCGCCGCGCGGGCGUCGACGUCGCCGAGCGGUGGGGCGCCAUGUGGGCGCGCGCGGUCCUCCCCGUCGUCGGGGCGCCCUAA